AUGGGCGGCGAAGAACCUACACCCGAGAACUACACUCUGCUCCAGGGCUUCGAGUGGAACGUGCCUGCCGAUGGCAAGCACUACAACCGUCUGCACGAUGCAAUGCCCGCAUACAAGCACAUUGGUAUCUCCAACAUCUGGCUACCUCCCGGCUGCAAAGCCAGCUCUCCCAACGGCAACGGCUACGACGUCUACGAUCUCUACGACCUCGGCGAAUUCGACCAAAAGGGCGGCGUAGCAACAAAAUGGGGCACCAAAGACGAACUCCUCGCCCUCGCCUCCUCCGCAAAAGAUUCCGGCAUCGGCCUCUACUGGGACGCGGUCCUCAACCACAAAGCCGCCGCCGACAAGAAAGAAAAAUGCCACGUCAUUGAAGUCGACCCCAACGACCGCGAAAAGCAAAUCUCCGACCGCAAGGAAAUUACCGCUUGGCUAGGCUUCAACUUUGACGGCAGAGGCGACAAGUAUUCGAAGCAAAAGUAUCACUGGUAUCAUUUUGGAGGUACGGAUUAUGAUGCUGCGACGGGAAAGAAUGCAAUUUUCCAGAUUCAGGGUGAUGGUAAGGGGUGGAGUGAGUCUGUGGAUGAUGAGGGCGGCAAUGCUGAUUUCCUCAUGUUCGCCGACUUGGACUACUCGCAUCCUGAGGUCUGUGAAGAUGUUACGAAUUGGGGAAAGUGGAUUGUGAACGAGGUUGGGCUUCGAGGCUUCAGACUUGACGCCGUCCAGCACUUUUCCCAACGCUUCACCAAAGGAUGGAUCGAGGCACUACGCAAGGAACACGGCGACCUUUUCUACGUCGGCGAGUUCUGGAGUGGAAAUCAUCAAGAUCUAAUCGAUUGGGUGGAACAGAUGGAGAGGAGGUUCUCGCUGUACGACAGCCCGCUGCUCAACAAUUUCUCCAACAUCAGCAAGAGCGAAGCUGCAGAUUUGAGAAAGGUUUUCGACGACACUCUGGUUCAGAACCUGCCUGUGAACGCUGUGACUGUAGUCGUCAAUCACGAUACUCAGCCUGGACAGACGGUCGAGACACCGGUCGAGGGCUUCUUCAAGCCCCUCGCCUACUCCUUGAUUUUGCUCCGCCGCGACGGCUACCCAAGCAUCUUCUACGGCGACCUCUACGGCAUGAAAGGCGACAACCCCGAACCACCCUCCUGCGGCAACAAACUCGCCGAUCUAAUUCUCGCCCGCAAACUCUUCGCCUACGGCGAGCUCAACGACUACUGGGACAACCCCAACUGCAUAGGAUGGGUGAGACGCGGCACGCAUGAUCGUAAAAACGGAUGCGCAGUCGUCAUGAGCAACACCGGACCCGGAGAAAUCCAGAUGCACGUCGGUCCCGAGCACAAGGGCGAAGUCUGGACUGAUUUGCUAGGCUGGGAGCAAGGAGAGGUGACGAUUGAUGAGGAGGGCAAUGGUGUGUUCAAGUGUCCUGGUUGCAGUGUUGCUGUGUGGACGAAUAAGGAUGCAGAGGGUAGAGAACACUUCCCUGUCAACUUUGACAGUGAUAUUUACAAGGAGGCGUCGAAGCAGGAUGGUGAUGAGGAAGAGAAGAAGGAGGAUGGCGAAAAGGAAGAGAAGAAGGAAGAAGACAAAGAGUAG